CGUUCUUAUAUUAUGGGACGGAGGGAGUACUUUUUUAUUCCUUUAUAAUGUAGCAUUAAGGCAAUUCAAAAUAAUGAACACACAGACUUGGCUUCUUCCGAAUUAGGAUGUAUAAAGACAACACUAACACACACACACAAAGGAUCAAGUCAUAUAAGAUCGAAACAAUGCCUACACGGAUGAAAAAACAAUAAAAAAAAAGAGAAAAUAGCAACGAUAAUCCACACCAAACACUUGAUGAGCCAACAAAGAUGAUGUAAGCACACGCGAUUCCGGCAUGGACACGACCACGCAAACUAGAAACCGUGUGCACAAUACACAAGCACUCCCGAUUGUAAGAGACAUUUGCGGAGCCAAAAACAUUUGUCGAUGCAUGAGUAACGGGCGAGAAGCCACAGUUACCCACAAUGUUUUAUUUUUCCAAAAAAUAUAGGCAAGCACUGAAGCUGUGUUGUGGGAUUGUACACCCAUGCUCACAGCCUUCGUUGCUUUCCAAACUGAAAUUAUCAGUAAAAGUAAGUAUAUAUGGCUAAUCUUUCUUACUGCUGGUCUUUCAUGAAUAACAACAUUGCUAAAUCAUAUUGUUAAAGAGUAAUUAUGUAAUUCUGAGCAAGAGGGAGAAUCAGGCCAACAAGAAAAGGUUGAUGCCGGCCAAGGACUCGAUCUACUUGUCAGUUGUCUCUGCACUCCACACACUGUCUCUGUACUAUAAAUGCUUCAUUCCAGUGCCUAACUUCUCUACAAUCCCAACCAAAACGAGCUAACAAACCUUAGACAAUGGAGGUUUCCACGUUACCCUGCUUGCUACUUGUGUCUGCAGCACUGGCACUCUGUUGUGCAGCUGCAGCAGCAGCACGGCCUGAAAGUGCAACAGCAAACCUUGACGCAGCCACAAUGGCCGCGCAAGAGCUUGACCGCGUCGCCUCGCUGCCGGGGGCGCCGAGCUACUCAUAUGCGUUCAAGCACUACUCCGGGUACGUCACGACCGAUGAGCGCCUCGGCAAGGCACUGUUCUAUUGGUUCUUCGAGGCUAUGGAGAAGCCUGACGAGAAGCCACUGGUCCUAUGGUUAAAUGGAGGACCCGGGUGUUCUUCUGUAGGGUUUGGGCAGGCGCAGGAGCUCGGGCCAUUUCUUGUGAAGAAAGAUGUGCCUGAGCUCGAGCUCAAUCCGUAUGCCUGGAACCAAGCUGCCAACUUGCUGUUCCUGGACUCUCCAGCGGGUGUUGGAUUUUCGUACACGAACACGUCUUUCGAAAUAGAUCCACCGGGAGACAAUUCCACGGCACACGGUUCAUACGCUUUCCUCGUCAGGUGGUUUCAAAGGUUCCCCCAGCACAAAACGAAAGAGUUCUACAUAGCUGGAGAGAGCUAUGCAGGACACUACAUUCCACAGUUAGCGAAUGUCAUCGUGGAGGAGAACAAGAAGGCCUCCAAAGAAAACUACAUAAACUUCAAAGGCAUCCUGAUCGGGAACGCGUACAUGGACGGGGACACAGACUUGCAGGGGAUCGUGGACUCGGCGUGGCACCACGCCAUCAUCUCCGACACGCUCUACAGCGCCUUCCUCAAGUCCUGCGACUUCAGCAUUGAGAUCCUGUCUCCGGAGUGCGACGCGGCACUGAGCGAGUUCUUUCUUCUCUACAAACUCAUAGACGUCUACAGCCUCUAG